AUGAAAAGCAACUCUUUGCCUGACUAUGGUAUUCAAGAGAUCUGAGCUGUGUCAGGAAACUCAUUGCUGAAGCGCGCUUGAAAUACUACAGAUCCAUUUGCUGUUGUUAAGCUGAGAUCCUUUCCCUGUAAUGCAGCAUGUAUCCUGUAGCCUUCAUGAGCUUGGCAGUGUGACCUUUUGGAGAGAGACCUUAUCUGUAUUCCAGAUAUCUGUCUUCCAGAACAAGGUGUUUCCUGAAUUCCCACUAUGUCUGAUGGGGACUACGAUUACCUCAUCAAAUUUCUAGCGCUCGGUGAUUCCGGAGUAGGAAAGACCAGCCUUCUUUACCAGUACACAGAUGGCAAAUUUAAUUCCAAAUUUAUCACAACAGUGGGCAUUGACUUUCGGGAAAAGAGAGUGGUCUAUAGACCCAAUGGGCCAGAUGGUGUUAGUGGCAGAGGGCAGAGGAUACAUCUUCAGCUCUGGGAUACUGCAGGGCAGGAAAGGUUUCGUAGCCUGACAACAGCUUUCUUCAGAGAUGCCAUGGGGUUUCUCCUACUCUUUGAUCUGACAAAUGAGCAAAGCUUCCUCAACGUCAGGAACUGGAUAAGUCAGCUACAAAUGCAUGCAUAUUGUGAAAACCCUGACAUUGUAUUAUGUGGAAACAAGAGUGAUCUGGAAGACCAAAGAAUGGUGAAAGAAGAAGAGGCAAAGGAACUUGCAGAAAAAUAUGGAAUACCGUAUUUUGAAACCAGUGCAGCUAAUGGGAAUAAUGUAAGCAAAGCCAUUGAUACUCUGCUGGACCUCAUCAUGAAGCGCAUGGAACGGUGUGUGGAUAAGUCCUGGAUCCCAGAAGGGGUAGUGCGCUCCAAUGGGCACAGCUCUACAGAACAACUGAACGAGGAGCAAGAAAAAGGCAAAUGUGGCUGCUAACUCGGUUACAACAAUUGAGUUUGAUGUGUAUGCUAAAGUAUAGUACAGUUGCAGCUUAACUGUUUAACCUAUGGACCAAUCAUGUCAUAUAGUUACAUUUUGAAGCUAUAUUAAUUCUUGGUAUCUCCUUUUGAAUAGCGUUGGCCGUUGCUUGGAAGGUAUGCAGUUUAUUAGUGGAUAAGACAGAUGUUAAUCAAUUUGUUAUAACACUGGAUGCUCUCUGAAUCCUCUUUGGGAGGAAGAGGAGGAGGAGAGUUUUCAUCGCCAAACUUAGAAACGUUUCUCUGUACGGCCUAUAAAAAAGGGUAGGCAUCUGAACUGGAUUUUCAGUCGCCCUUUGAAGGCUCCACUGACUACACAGGUGAAGCAAUUAGAUUAGAUAUUGUGACUGCUCUUCUUAGUCUCUACUAACAGUAAGUUUACCAACAGGGUUAUUGAUUUUGAACAGAACAAUUCUUGCUUCUAUUUGAACAGAAACAUUUCAUCAUUUCAUCAAUAAAUAGCAAGGAUAAAGAGCAAAUCCUGCAUUCUCCACAAAAGUAUGCAACUAGUUUUUUCUCUGUUCUGACAAACCAUCAACUUCUAGUGAUGAAAACUAAGAGAGAACUAUUCUAUGUGGAAUAAAAAAACUAUCUAGAGAAGCACAGCAGAUGCACAUUUAAAGCAGUUUGGGUAUGUCAUGAAAUUGAACGUUUAAACUACAACUGUACUAUAUAAAAUAUAUCCAACACACGUAUGAGACCUCCUAGCAUCAUCUGAAUUUCUAGAAUAUGCAUAUACAUAUAUUUAUAUGUAAAUGGCAUAAGUGUACAUCUGUUAUGUUUCUUUUGCAUUACCCCUCAUGUUCUAACAGGAAUGUAGGGCAAUCUAGAUGUCAGCAAAAUUUCAUCGGAGUUAGCGCUUUGCACUGAAUUUAUUUUACCAAACACAGCUUUGGAACGUUUCUUCAAAUUUGGAUUGAGAAAUGAAUGAUUAUCUUCUGUGAGAUGCAGUUGUCGAAGAUAUCAGUUCUGUCUAAAUCAGUAUUUCUAUAAAUUCAUAGUGCUCAUUUUCACCUGCCAACCUUUGCAUCCUGUAAAUCUUGGUUAUCAUAUAUUACUUGUUCAUUUCCUUUAGAUUGUGUUUAAAAAUAGAGUUGCUAUUUUUUCCCUCCCUUUUUUUUUUUUUUUUUUUU